AUGAAUCUUCUUGACCGAAUAUUGACAUAUACGAUCCUCAUCUGUAUUCAUGUCUUUGGGUGCCGCGCAUUUGAUGCGAAUAGAAAUGUCUUGGAGCUUAAUGACUCGAAUAUUCCACAAAUAUUAGCAUCGGCACGAUAUUCGUUCAUCUACUUUUAUACUGACGGAUGCAAAUUCUGCUCAGAGUUUGAGCCAACUUUUCAGUACUUAAGUUUAUUAUACAAUAAUGGGACAGAAUUGAAUGAUAAAAAACUACAAAUAAUCAAAACGAAUGGUAGAUUGAAUAAAAGACUUCAAUCUCUAUUCAAAGUAGACAAAUUUCCAACAUUAAAGAUGUUGAACUUUAAAACAAAGGAGAUAUUGACUUUUGAAGCAAAAGACAGGGCACCUGAUACAUUAAUUGAGUUCGUGCAGAACAUAGUUCCCGAUGUGACACCAAAUUAUGACAAUUUCGUCACCGAUGUACUUUACCUCCAUGAUUCCAAUUUUGAUCAAGAGAUUAAAAACAGACAUGUAUUGGUUGUAUUCACAAUGAAAUAUUUGGAUGAAUGGAGUGAUUAUGAGUAUCCUUAUCAUUUCUAUCAAGCGCUAGCUUCAUCCAUGUCAGGUCUGAAAACUUCUUUUGCAUUAGUAGCGGCCUCGGAGCCUUCAGGUUUCAAGAUGGUACGUGACUAUGGAAUCACAAACUUUCCUUCCAUGAUAUACUUCUCACCGGAUGGGUCUUUCAAAACUUAUAGAAUAAAUCCGCAAAAUCAUCAUAUUAAAAACAAGUUGGUUCUUUCUGACAUUGAAUCUUUCCUAAAUGGAACUGAAGGAAGUAGAUGGUAUAAAAGCAUAACAGAAUUAGAUGAGGACCGCGAAGAAUCUUUACUAAGUGAGGACAUAUCUGUCCUCGUGCCUGGUUUUAACUUUAAUGGCUUCGGAAAGAUCCUGCUUGGUGAUAUUGAGCAAGAUUAUGCGUAUUUGCUAAACGAGAUUCAUAUUUAG